CAAGUACUUUUCAACUUGUUUCCAUGGUAACCUGUGGAUAUAUAAGUGUUUGGCAUUAGGCCUUAGUAUAUUUACGGUAAAUCUCAUUAUAUUUUUGCUACUUAUUUUAUAUAGGUAAAGGCAUGUCGAUAGUAGAAAUCGCACACCACAACGAAGUUAUUUAUACCAUUCUCGACAAACCCCCACCGGAACCACCGAAGACACCCAGGUAUCACUCUGAGCUAGAGAAACAGCUGAAGGCCCGAAAAAUACCCCAACUGCGUCGGACAUUUGGGUAUGCGGAGACGCCUGUCAACCCUCCUGACAAGUUCCUUAAGAAGGGGGAAGGAUAUAGUCAACCCGUAAAGAAGUCAGACCACAAAUGCAUCAAGGGCGACUUACCUCCCGUGCCGAGGCGACCACCGCCAGGCAAGGGACCAGAGAAACCGAAGGUCAACUUUAAGGUGCUCAACAUUAAGAAAGCCAUCAAGGUUAAGGGUAGACCCGUGGAGCCGAGACUAGUAGACACCCGCGACGGCCACAUAAAGAAGAUCAAGGGCUCUGGUGAAGUCCCGGAAUACUGUCUCCGGCCGGACUUCGGGCGUAUGCCAGCUUACCUGGUGCGUCGGAACAGGAGAAUCAGAAAGGAGUUGGAAGCCAUACAGUACGCUGAUGAUCAUAAGGAAAGUCUGUGCAAGCAGCUCGCUGAUGAGGAGAGGGAGAAACUGCUCAAGGAUCUGAAACACAAAUGGCAGCUAAAGCAGAAGGCGUUCCUCCAGCUACCGAUGCUCACAGACACGGUGCCGAAGAUCAUGAAGAAGGUCAAGAUGGAACAGGAGCUGCGUCAGCUCGAGAAGGACAUACAGCUCGUCGAGACCAACCCGUACAUUUACGUUUAUUGAAUGUACAGAAUACGGACCUGCAACAAAAUCUUUCUCAAGCGCUUAUAACAUCGGCGGACGGAUCGGAUAUCAGGUCGAGCAAGGAUCGUUUUCCGUUUCACGAAACAUCAGCACGUCCUUUAAUUCAAAAUAUGGCAAUUCGAGACAAAUUAUUUAUCAAAUAUUGUUAACGAUGUUCUUACAUAUCGUGAAACGGAAAACGAUCCUUGCUCGGGCCCGACAUCAGAUCCGUUCGUAAGUGUGGUAGUAAUUACCGCUUCAGACUCUGCAAACUAAUAAUCAAUAAUCGUAAGCGUUGCUCUUACUUAUCAAUGACCUAAAAUCGCAUGCCGUAACAAACGGCAUUUGUGUGUGUAUUUUGUGAUGUUUUUGAAUCUGUUUUGACACGACCUUUACGAUCGUCUUGGUGAAUUUCACUUCAAUUCGCACGCACCAUUCAGCGUGAGCGAUCUUCAAAUUCGUAUCAAAAUAAGACCAACACCGUAACAGGUUGUCAAAUCCGAUUCGAGUUCUAGCCAUUUCCACACAAACCUCAUUUCAAGUCUUAUGCCUAUGUCCCUUUGGAUGGUAUUAACACCUGUCCAAUUUCUUUAUCCAAUGUGCAUUGCGUCUCACUUUCUCAUUAAGCAAAAUGUGAGAUGCAAAUACACAUUGGACCAAGAAAGUGGACAGGUGGAUUACCAUCCUUAUAUACGGAUUUUCUUAAAUACAUUUUAGAUUGUCCAAGACUUGAGUUUAUUUAUGGAACCACAUCAUUAGUAUGACUUUUACAUUAAAGGUUCCAAUGUAAUUUUUUUAGUUCGGUCGGUGUAAUCUCGAUAUUAGAGAUAACUCGUAUAUAAUGAAAAUUUCUAUUAUAUUAUUCAAAAUUAACCUGUUGUCACGCACAUCACUGUCACCACUAAAAUUCUUUAGUUUGAGUGUAAAAAUAUCAAACUGAUAAUUUUUGGCAAUUAGAGACAAAGUAUUUUUUACAUUUCAAAUAUUUUAACGAUGUUGUGAUAUUUCGUGAAACGGCGUGGAUAUGGCGUGAAACUCAACCCGGCCAUCGGAAACUAACCCGGCGACCGUGUAGAUCUAAUAACCGCUUAAAUUUAACGAGCGACUUUUUUGGCGGUCAAAAGGUUUCACCCAAACGGGGCAAUCCUUCAUGUACUCGUGUUAGAGAAUCUCUUUUGUUAUUGAAAAUAUAUUCGGGUACCGAUCAGGGUACCAAUCAAUUUGCGUAUAUGUGUGUGAAAUAAAACUGUGUGUGUAAUAUUGGUUUCAUUUUCGAAUGUGGAAUUCAACGUUAAAAUUAUUGUUAUUAAACUAUAAUUUAUUAUUAUUA